CCGGCGGCAAGUGGGUGGUCGGCUGCUGCACACAGCGCGACGAUGGACUCGUGGUGGCCGGCAAGCUCGCAGACCCCGCUGUACGUGGGUUCGCCCAUGGUGGACCAGUCCGAGUUUGCCUUUCGAACGUUGUGUCGGCGAUAUGGCACGCAACUCUGCUACAGUCCAAUGCUGCAUGCAAAAGUGUUCCUCUCCGACGCGACCUACCGCGCUCAACGACUGGACCAAGACCUGCUUGAAUCAACCACAUAUCCUGUCGUUGUUCAAUUCGCUGGUGAUGAACCGCAAGCCCUGUUGGACGCGGCGCUGCUCGUGCAAGACCGCGCAACCGCCGUGGACCUCAAUCUGGGCUGCCCCCAGCCCAUUGCUCGCAAAGGGCAUUACGGGUCGUUUCUCCUGCGGGAUACCGAUUCUAUCUUGCGCAUUCUUCGCAACUGGAAAGACAACUUGUCGAUUCCUUUCACGUGCAAAAUCCGCAUCGUGGACGAAGGAAGCAAAGACCCACAGGAGCGGGGCCUUCAAGCCACCUUGCGCCUCGUGGAUCAAAUCGAAGCUGCAGGCGCUGCGGCCAUCACGGUGCAUGGCAGGAACCGGGUCAUGACGGGGCGGAAAACUGGGCCCGCUGACUGGACCUCCAUCGCCGCAAUUCAGCAACGUGUGUCGAUACCUGUCAUUGCGAACGGAGGCAUCGAGUUCUUUGCUGACGUGGCAGCGUGUGCAGCGGCCACGGGUGCUAAAGGGAUCAUGUCUGCCGAAGCAUUGCUAGAAAACCCAGCCUUCUUCCAUGGCCCGGCACGCCUGAGUCCGUUUCGACUCACCCGUGAAUACUUGGACCUCGCGCGGGCCUUUCCCUCAUGGAACUUCCACCGCGUCGAAAAAGCGCACGUGGCGCGCCUCCUCCACACCGUGUUGAGGCACCUAGCACGGCAAAGUGCGUCGACGGCCGACGCGUUGCUGGCAAACUGCUCCAGCGUGGAUGACCUCGACCAAGCAGUCUGCACCAUCGAGAAUGCAUGGGCGGCAUUGCCCGAUGGACAAGAGUGCUGCGGCCUGCAACGCGACUCGUGGUACCGCCGGCAUCGAGCUGUGGAAACGAACCCCACAGCGGAUCGGGGCGCGCGGAAAGAAGUGCAGAAAAUGUGGCUUGCUGGGGGCCUUCGCCUGACACGGUAAUACCUCCAACGGCCAGCAACUCAUGACCCACACGCUGCGCUGCAACGACGUCCUGCGAGGCCCCCUCGGUGGCGUCGCUGUGCACGCAGUGCCCCCCUCACAAAUCCAGCCAAGGUGUCCUGUCCACGGUGCAAAUCAGAGAUGCACCUGCAUUCCUACUAGCGAGCCAUGUGAAUUUCCAGUCGCGCGGCUCAACUGAGCUGACGAUGAUCCUGACCGCCACCAUCUUGAGCGGUGGCCGGGACAGGCGGGCAGGUAUUGGAGACAACAUCGGAAUCAUUUGGACACACUUCAC